UUCUCCUCUAAGUGAGUAUGAAUAGCAAUUGUAACACUUGCACACAUACAAAGCAGACGAAUGAUUCUCAGUCAAAGAAAUAUUUGGGGAAUGCGGUGAAACUUUUAGAAGAUAAGCUCCCAACUUAUGAUCCCAUGCAAAGCUCGGAAAUGAUAUCGAGAAGCCCUCUUAUAUCAUUCCACCCCAAAUAGUGUCGCUCUCUAAAGGAGAAGCGUUGGGAUGUACAUCUGCCAGACUUGAUGAGAAUAUCAAAGCUAUGGUAUAUGUCGAAGAUAAAAGAUUUCACCUAGAUACAUAAUCCAAACAUCCCAGCCUAUUUGCAUGAUCAUUACUCAAGGAAGUUAUGAGACUUUGAUCAGCAACGAAUGGUAUAGGUGCGGCGCGAUACGAUGAAUGCAGCUGCAAAAGCUAAAAAGAUCUGUCUCAUAUUGGCAGCCUUGGAAAGACGUGUUGAUACUCAAGCACCAGAUAAAUGAGACAGCAUUAAAAGAUAAAGGAGAGAGGAUUGUUAAGAUCUUUUUCAAUGAAGUACAUCCACGAAUUCUCGCUAUGUUUACUGAUGUAGACGCUUUCGAUCAAGUUGCAUGCCCUAAGCUUUCCAUUGAUUGGGAUACGCUUUUAAGAAACCAAUACUGUCGUCGUAUGGAGCAAUGGUUAUCACGGGAAAUGACAUGUAGUUGAAGG